CUUUCCAGUCCUGGGAGAUCUCUUCUUGCUUUAUUCAACGCUUCCGCCAUUGUUUUAAUCUCUAAUCAUUCCACUAAGAUCAUGCACUCAGUUCCGUGAGAUUUCAUUCCAGUGGGGUUCGAUCUUAUUGGUUCUUUCUUUGCUCUGCACUUCUGCCAUUUUAAUUCAGCUCUGCGAGUCUGAUAAGAUUAUCAUGGCACAACAAGCAAGAUCUUGUUCCCUCACUUACAAAUGGACUUAUGACGUGUUUCUUAGUUUUCACGGUGCAGAUACUCGCUUAGGUUUCAUUGGCUAUCUCCGCGAGGCUCUGCGCCAAAGAGGAAUUCAUGUCUUCAUUGAUGAUGAAGGCAUCAGAACUGGAGAAGAAAUCAAACCUGCACUUUUCAAAGCCAUACGAGAAUCAAGAAUAGCGAUCGUGGUUUUCUCUGAAAACUUUGCAAACUCGACCUUUUGCUUGGAAGAACUUGCAAAGAUUCUGGAGUGCUUCAAGGAGGAAGGGCGGCUGAUAUAUCCAAUUUUUUAUUAUGUGGAUCCAUCGGAGCUUCGACGUCCAAGAGGAAGCUAUGCAAAAGCAUUGGCGAGACUAGAGAGACGAUUCAAAGACAAUCACGAGAAGGUGAAAAAAUGGAGAUUGGCUUUGUUCCAAGCUGCUAACUUGAAAGGCUUUCAUCUAAAACCCAAGAUUGCGGAAGAAAAAGAUUAUGUUACAAGGAUCACUAGUGAAGUCUCUACUAGAAUUAGCCGUAUUCCUUUACAUGUCACUGAUUAUCCAGUUGGACUUGCAUCUCGAGUAAAGGAAGUAACUUCACUUUUAGAUCUUUGGUCAAAUGAGAAAAUUAAAAUGGUAGGAAUUUGGGGAGCUGGUGGAAUAGGUAAAUCAACUAUUGCAAGGGCAGUGUAUAAUUCAGUUGCUGAUUAUUUUGAAGGCUUAUGUUUCCUUUCUAAUAUAAGAGAGAAGUCUAAAUCGUCAAAUGGUUUGUCACAUCUUCAGGAGAUAUUACUCAAGGAAUUGGUCAUGGAAAAAGAUCUCAAAUUGGGUGACAUGAAUAAAGGAAUACCAAUAAUAGCACAUAGGCUCUAUCAGAAGAAGAUUCUCUUGAUUCUUGAUGACAUUAGCAAAUCGAAACAGUUACAAGCACUAGCUGGAAGAUGUGAUUGGUUUGGUUCCGGAAGUAGAAUCAUAAUCACCACAAGGAAUAAACAAUUGUUAGUAAGCCAUGAAGUCAAAAGCAUCUAUCAUGUCAGGGAAUUAGAUGAUGAGGAAUCUCUUCAAUUGCUUAAUUGGUAUGCCUUUAAAAAGGAAAAUGUGGAGAUCGACUAUAUAGAGGUUUCCAAUCGAGCAGUACUUUACUCAUGUGGCUUUCCCUUAGCUUUAGAAGUGAUUGGUUCUAAUUUAUGUGGUAAGAAUGUCAACGAAUGGAAUUUUGCAUUGGAUCAAUUUGAAAGAAUACCACAUGGAAGUGUUUUGGAGGUCCUUAAAUUAAGCUAUGAUGCUUUAGAGGAAGAAGAGAAGAAAGUUUUCCUUGACUUGGCUUGUUUCUUCAAUGGUGAGAAAUUAAGAGAUAUCAGGGAUAUAUUGCUAUGUUCUCGUGGAAUCCAACCAAAAUAUGCUAUUGGAGUUUUGAUUGAUAAAUCCCUCAUAAAGAUUGAAGGAGAUCAUGUAACAAUGCACGACUUGAUAGAAGACAUGGGUAAAGAGAUUGUUCGACAAGAAUCACCUAAUGAACCUGGCAGGCGCAGUAGGUUAUGGUUCUAUCAAGAUAUUUUUCAUGUCUUACAACAAAAUACCGGAACUAAGAAUGUUGAAGCCAUAAUUCUAGACUCACCCAAAGGUAAAGAAGUACAAUGGAGUGGAAAAGCAUUCAUGAAGAAGAAAAACCUCAGAAUUCUUAUGAUGAAAAAUGCAUUCUUUUCUCGAGGUGCCAAAUAUCUCCCAAAUAGUUUAAGGGUGUUACAAUGGAAGGAUUAUCACUUCAAAAUUUUACCAUAUAACUUUUGUCCAACAGAAACUUGUCUAUCUUGAUUUGUCCAAUAGUUGUUGUGAAAUACUCCAACCCUUUGAUAAGGUAAGUGUUAUUAGAACUAUGUUUCUUUGUUUCUUCUUCUAUUCUUUAAAAAUAACUUUUUAUCAUUGUUUUGCAGAAGUUCAAGAACUUAACUCAUAUGAAUUUUAAAAGAUGUAAAUUUUUACAGUGUAUACCAAACUUAUCUGGAGUUUCCAAUUUGAUCAUAUUAUGUCUUGAUGAUUGUACAAACUUAAUUGAAAUUCAUAAUUCAGUUGGACUUCUAACUAAGUUGAGAGAAUGGAGUGCCAUGCGAUGCAAAAACUUGAGGAUCUUACCAUAUGGCCUUAGGUUGACAUCUCUUGAACAUCUCAACCUCUUUGGUUGCUCAAGUCUUCAACAUUUUCCAAAAAUAUUAGAGAAAAUGACAAAGAUGAGAAUGCUUGAUUUGGAUAGGACGUCCAUUGUAGAAUUGCCAUCCUCAAUUUGCAAUCUCAUCGGGCUUGAAAUCUUAAACAUGGAAGAGUGUCAUCAUCUUAAGCGACUACCAGCUAGCAUUUUUAUGUUGCCAAACCUUUGCACACUAAGAGCAAAUUCUUGUGAGGGAAUGAGAUAUUUCAAGAAAUGUGAAGUUGGAGACGAAGCAAGCUUAGACCACUCUACAGCAUCUCUGAAAUUGGAAUACUUCCAUUUCUCAAAUUGCAAUUUGUCAAAUGGUUCUCUUGCUCUGUGUCUUUAUUACCUCCCAAACUUGAUAUAUUUAGAUCUAAGUUGUAAUAACUUCACAGUCCUUCCAGCGUGCAUCAAAGAAUGUUACUGUUUGAGAUAUCUUAUCCUGGAUCAUUGCAAGGAGAUUAAACAUAUCUCAGGAAUGCCACCAAACCUAGAAAAAUUUAGUGCUAUGUGUUGCACAUCAUUGACUGAGUCAUCAAAAAGCAAAGUAUUGAAUCAGGUUUGGUAAAAGAUACUUUGUUUUUCCGGACAAGAAGUUCCCAGAAAUGCUCGACAUAGUUAGUACUGAAGAUACCUCAAUAUCUUUUUGGAUCCGUAACGAGUUCCCAGUGAUUCUUAUUUGGAUACUUGUUAAAGAUGUCCAGGAUUAUCAGUUCGACUUUAAAUUCUCGGUGCAUGUAAAUGACUCUCGUCAAGAUAUUCCUUCAGAGUGGUUCUCAUCAGUAUCAACAAUACAGGGUGAUCAUAUAUAUCUGUGUGACCUGUACAGCAUUAUUCACAAGACUGAAUUCUCCCAAGCACGUGAUUGGAAUGAAGUGUUUGUUUCCGUCGAUAAUAAUACACAUGAAAGGCAGCAUGAAAGAAAAAUUAAUUUGGGAGUUCAUGUAUGCAAACAAGAAAAUAGGUUGGAAAAUAUUCGGUUCACCGAACCAGGCAUUGUGGACCAAAAGCAAGUGUGUGGAAUAGUAGUGCUGGUGCUAUUCUGUGUAUCUUACUGGGUGUGGUCCUACCAUUUUGGGCUGAAAGAUAUGAUGUCUUUGUAAGUUUCAUAAGCACAGAUGCAACAAGUUUAGUGAGCUCUCUGAAUCAUGCUCUACGUGCAUGCGGAAUAAAUACAUUCAAUCAUGUUUACGGCAUCCCAAGGGGGGGAAAUGUUGACCCAUUUGCCCUUAAAGUAAUUGAAAACUCUAGGAGUUGUAUAAUUAUAUUCUCUAAAAACUACGCAAUUUCCAUGGGGUGUCUUGAGGAACUUGUUAAGAGCCUUGAUUGUAUGAGAACAAAGGGCACGUUGGUUUUUCCAGUUUACUACAAUGUAUACCCUUCAGAUAUACAACGUCAAAGAAGAGGACAUCGAAAAGCAUCAAGGGAUAUAGCCAAAUUCUAUAAUGUGGACAUGAAAAUGGUGCGAAAGUGGAGGUUGGCUUUGUGUGAAGCAGCCAACAUGUCUGGUUUUUGGACAAACAACAGGAGUGAUUCUGAGGUUAUCAAAAGUAUUGUUGAAGAAGUCUCUCAUGCAUUGCUGAAUACCUAGAUGGACUAGAAACUCGCAUGUUGGUUUUGAUUGAACUUGAUUUCCUGUUCAUUUGAUGCUGUAAGUUUCCUUAUUAAGUUGAUAUCAGAGAAAGUUCAAAUCAAUCAAAAAAAGGGGCAGUACAACUCCAAGAGAAGCACUUUUUUUUCAUUAAGUUGUAGAAAAGGAACUGUAUAUAUGUGUGGACCAAAUGAUCUAUAGUACCUUCAGAAUUUUUUAAAUCCAUCUUCUAAGUAAUACCUGAUCCGAACAUUUUGUA